AUGGGGUGUAUUACGUGCAGAAAUACAAUAUUUUCUAUACGAUGAUUAAUGUAAGUUGUAACUAGGAUUAGGGUAUCGUAUGUUGUGAAAUGGCUGCUGCCCAAUUAAUGAAUUGUGGUUAUACAUUGAGUGUUGGUAUAUCACAAGCGAAGCUACAGUAAUUUGUAUUCUAGAAGAGAUUGACCACCAAUCUUUUUUUUUAUGUUACAAUGCCAGAUGUAUUAAAAAAAGAGACAUUGGAGUUGUACCAUACACAUCGGUGUGCACAUGUAUGUAUAUAUAAAUAGAAUGUGAACGUAUUUUUUCACUACAUGGUCUUAGUCGUAGUUCUUCUUUCAUAACUGAAUUUCAAAUCCACGUAUUGGUGUGGUGGUGUUCUGUCUGUUAGCAAUGUGUACUAAGACUUGUAUUUUACAAAGUACUACCAUCCAGUUUUGCCGAGUUCACUUCUUUAAAAUCCUUUUGGGAGUGGUGUCAGUAUUUUUUCUCAUGCAAUAUAUCACAAAUUUCUCUGUUUAUCAAGAAAACCUUCAGAAAAAAGUUGUUCCUGUGUUCAGUUGGACAUCCAUGCACAAAAUUCUUGGAAUUUCAGGAAAUGAAAAGCACGAUUUUAGAAACAUAAUACUUCCCAUAGGAAAAAUUCCUCAAAUAAUCAAUAGCAGCCAAUGGACAGUGGGCAUGAAAGUUGGUAAUGGUAGUGUUAUAAUAAAUUCAACUUCUGUAGAAACAAAGAAAAUAGAAAAUAAUUCAUCAGAAGUUGCUACAUCAGUGAGAAAUCAAACUAAAAGGUCACAAACAAUUUCUGUGAAUAAAGAAAUUCAUCUCUGUCCACUUGUGCCUCCAAAAUUAGUGGGUCGACUUAAAGUUAUGAAAGAUUGCCCAACAUUUAAAGAACUUGAAUCAUUAUAUCCUGAGCUACAACCAGGAGGAAGAUUUAAACCAAGUGAAUGUCGUCCUCGCUAUAAGGUUGCUAUCAUCAUUCCCUAUCGGGAUCGGGAAGAACAUUUAAGAAUUUUUCUACACAAUAUUCAUCCAAUGCUGAUGAGGCAACAUAUUGACUAUGGAAUUUAUGUGAUUGAACAGGCAGGAAGUAAUCGAUUUAAUAGAGCAAUGUUGAUGAACAUUGGAUAUGUGGAGGCCUUAAAGCAGUACAGCUAUGACUGUUUCAUUUUUCAUGAUGUUGACCUUAUCCCAGAAGAUGAUCGUAACUUGUAUACCUGUCCUGAACAACCUCGUCAUAUGUCGGUAGCAGUUAAUACCAUGCAGUACAGGUUACCCUACAAAGACAUUUUUGGAGGUGUUAGUGCUUUAACCAAGCAUCACAUGGAAAGUGUCAAUGGGUUCUCUAACCAGUUCUGGGGCUGGGGAGGUGAAGAUGAUGACAUGUCAAACAGAAUUCGUCACCAUGGAUACAAGAUCUCUCGAUAUCCAGCAAAUAUUGCCCGAUAUUACAUGCUUACCCACAAAAAGGACAACCCUAAUCCUGACAGGUAUAAGAAACUUUACAAAGGCCGAACUCGCUACAAGACUGAUGGAUUGAACAGUUUGACGUAUAAAAGAUUAGAUUUGAUACUGAAGAAACUCUACACCUGGGUUGUUGUAGAGAUUAAUCCAUCUUAGUGACACUCAACUGAUGUCUUUCAAAACAGAAAUGAACAGGUUCAAUUUGAGCAAAUUAAACUUCACUAAACAAUGUGGGCAGUAAGUAAUUAAUCCAUCCUAGUAUCAUACCCACAAUCAAGGUUUUUUAAAGCACCAAAGUGAUAUUUCUUGUUUCUAUUUGAUCAUGUAUAGAGUUGACAAUAGAGAAAUGAGCACUAAAAUUUAAAAACUUUUCUCAUGUUCAUAAACUUGGAGUGAAAAAAAAAAAAAAGAAAUUAAGAUGAUUUCAGGUGGAAUAUCUUUGCACUGUCAUGACCCAGUUUAUUUUGGGGAAAAUUAUUAACCCAACAUUUUUUUUUAAUUUUUGUUUGUGAUAUGUAUACUUUCAUGAUAGUUUUGCCUUUUGUAUUUUUGUUUUUGGGGGUUUUAAAUGUGAAUUUUGUCAUUAGUACUGUGUUUUGGAGCAUACAGAUCAGGCCAUCUGCUUCUUCUAAGUUAUUUUUGUUUUAAAGAGUAUUAUUUUUCACUGAAGUGGUAACACAUUUCUUGCUGUUUGGAUACAUACUUAAAAAUCAAAAGAAAUGAGCAUGAAAAAUCCCCGACACUUAAACUUUUCUGAUACUGAUAAAAUUGGAACGAAAUAUCCCCAGAUGGCAGUUUUUUGCAUCAGCUGUCAUGACUUUAGUUUGUUUUGGGGACGAUUUUCCCAUGACAUCAAAUAAAAUUCUUGAGAGCUUUUGUGUGUAAUAUGGGUCAUACUGUGCAAGUUUUAUCAGUAGUACUAUGUUUUGGAGCAUACAAACCUGACCUUCUGUUUCUUUGAAAGCUGUAGCUUUUUGUUUUAAAGAGUAUUCUUCAUUGAGGACUAGUAUUGUGUUGUUGCACCAUCUUUAUAUAUGCUCAACUGUAAUGGUAUAAAUUCAACAUUUUUUUGACUGCCUAUAACUGUUUAUUGAGUGCAAGAACAAAGUGAAAUCCCUGAAACAAAGUACAAUGCAAAAGAAGUGCUACAUAUAGUUAAAUAAUCAAAUGAAUUCGUAAAUACUGUAAACAGCUUGUUUUUAUGAUAUAAUUUAUUCUGCUAAGAAAAGUUUUGCAUUCUUUAUUACCAUCUAACCUUUUUUAAAUAAUUUAGCUCUCAUCUGUGGUAAAACUUGAAAGAUCUUUUGAAAAUGAAAAAAAUAGCAUCCCCUUAAUUGACCAAUAUGUAUGUAUUUAUUAAUUAAAAAGGCACUGUAAGUGAUGACUCUUUUGUAUACAUUAUGCUUGCAUUCAGUAGUAUGCUACUUACUCUAGUAUGUGUAUUUGAUAAUUAAAUUUAAUACAGUUAGCUUUUUUGAUCUUAUGAAAUACAAGCUGCAUAGAUUUUGCAAACUUAAAGUAUUUUGGGUGAUAUUUAUUUUUCACAGCCCCAUGUGUAGAGUAAUUAUUGUUCAAAUUCUACAUUUGGCUCAAAUAACAACGUGUCAGUUGAGCAAGAGUGAUUUUUUAUCAGUUUAGUGAAAAUUUGAAAAUAUUACACAAUUCUACUUAGGGAAUUGUCACAAAAUGUUUACCAAGAUAUAUUUUGGUAUAAUUGAAUUAAACAUGGUGGACCACUGAAGCUAAUAAAUUCUGUGUGUUAAUUAUUUAACUCCUUUUUUUGUUUUUCAUUUAUUGAUAAGUUUUGAUAGUGGGUGUGGUAUUGUUGGAAAUCAAUAAAUUUUCUAAUUCCACACAC